AUCUGUGUCGAAAGUCCUUGGGCAUAGUCUGUAUCAUCUUUGCAACGCAGGAAAGUUCACGCACAGCAGGCAGGGAAAGAAACCGACGUAGUACCUUACCACAUUCCAGCGAUGGUGAAAAAUGUCAGAGAGAAUGACGGGCUGAGCUUUGGCAAGUUUGGAGCACUUUGAGCGCAGUACAGAUCUGUAUGUAAGCGGUGUUGCCUGCGGCAGCUGAUGAAGUGCUGUGCACUUCAUCAGCCACUCCGGGAGCUGGAGGCGGUCGACGGAUUUUGUCUACUUCUCAGACUGGAUUGUCACCAUCCACCCACCAUCGAUUACCGUUGUGAAUCAUGAGUGCCAUUCUCGGUCGAGAACUCCAUCAGUGACCUUUGCAUUACGCACGAACAAAUAGCCAUAGCACUCACAUGAUGAAGGUGUCAGAGUUCAAAGUAUGAGAGCUCAUAAUUUGUAGUCACUCAUUAUUGGGGCGAACUCAAACCGUCUAAAAUAUGAACGUGAUGGAUGAUAGAUAGGUGCCAGCCGAGCUUGCAAUCCAAUGGAUGAAACGUUGGGUGCAUGGACGCUGAGUGGUUCAACGUGCAAUGUAUACCCCGCUCAGCCCAAUCAGUGCACAAGCUUUCUCCACAACUUACGUCAAGUGUGGUCCAAAGCAGGAGGCAACUCCCGGGUCACCAGAUACUCGGUGCUCAAGUGAAGAGUGCCCAAUCUGCUUGAAGUGGUAUUACUGGGCAAAGCUUCAUGGUACGACUGGCUUGAUCCAUGUAAGAUUGGGCAGCGCAUUUCCAUGGUUUUGCUUUUGGCUUGGUUACUCCUGACGUC